UUCUGGACUCGCUCCCUGUUUUUAACGGGGGCUCGCAUCUUCAUCUCAGCCACCAAAGCCACUGCUCUCGCCUGAACUCUUUCCUGCCAUUGGAGCUCAGGAGCAAAAGCCUGUAGCCACUAGUCCACCAAAGGCUGUUCGGAUGGCCGUCAUCGGGACGGUGGGGGCGGAGGUGCUGAUACCGCUGGCGGCGGUGAUCGGCAUUGCGUUCGCGGUGUUCCAGUGGUACGUGGUGGCCAAGGUGCCGGUCCCGUCCCACGACGGCGAGGAUGGCGGCGGCGGCGCCGCCCAGAAAGGCCGCAGCGGGCACGAUGAGAGCGCGGAGGACGGCGUGGACUACCGGCAGGUGGAAGCCCGGUGCGCCGAGAUCCAGCACGCCAUCUCCAUCGGCGCCACGUCCUUCCUCUUCACGGAGUACAGGUACCUCGCCGUGUUCAUGGCUGGGUUCGCGGUGGUGAUCUUCAUGUUCUUAGGGUCGGCGCAGCGUUUCAGCACGCGGCCGGAGCCGUGCACGUACGACCCGGCGCGCAUGUGCCGGCCGGCGCUAGCGAACGCGACCUUCAGCAUGAUCGCGUUCCUCCUGGGCGCGCUCACCUCCGUGAUGUCCGGGUACCUCGGGAUGCGCGUGGCGACGUUCGCGAACGCGCGCACGGCGCUCGAGGCCCGCCGCGGCGUGAGGCGAGCCUUCGUCGUGGCGUUCCGGUCUGGCGCCGCCAUGGGCUUCCUCCUCGCGUCCAGCGCGCUGUUCGUCCUCUACGUCGCCAUCAACCUCUUCGGCGUCUACUACGGCGACGACUGGGGCGGGCUCUACGAGUCCAUCACCGGCUACGGCCUCGGCGGCUCGUCCAUGGCCCUCUUUGGCCGCGUCGGCGGCGGCAUCUACACCAAGGCCGCCGACGUCGGCGCCGACCUCGUCGGCAAGGUGGAGCGCAACAUCCCCGAGGAUGACCCUCGCAACCCCGCGGUGAUCGCUGACAACGUGGGGGACAACGUCGGCGACAUCGCCGGGAUGGGGUCCGACCUGUUCGGGUCGUACGCGGAGUCGUCGUGCGCGGCGCUGUUCGUGGCGUCCAUCUCCUCGUUCGGGACGGAGCACAACUUCGCGGCGAUGAUGUACCCGCUGCUCAUCAGCGCCAUGGGCAUCGUGGUGUGCUUGGCCACCACGGUCGUCGCCACCGACGUCGCCGAGGUGAAGACCGUCGAGGAGAUCGGGCCGGCGCUCAAGCGGCAGAUCCUCAUCUCCACCGUGCUCAUGACCGUCGGCAUCGCCAUCGUCAGCUUCCUCGUCCUGCCGCACAGCUUCACCCUCUUCGACUUCGGCAGGCGCAAGCUCGUGAAGAACUGGUACCUGUUCAUCUGUGUGUCGGCCGGUUUGUGGGCAGGUCUUGUAAUCGGCUAUGUCACAGAGUACUUCACAAGCAACGCUUACAGGCCGGUGCAGGCGGUGGCGAACUCGUGCCGCACGGGCGCGGCGACGAACGUCAUCUUCGGGCUGGCGGUGGGAUACAAGUCGGUGAUCGUGCCCAUCUUCGCCAUCGCGACGGCCAUCUACGCCAGCUUCCGCCUCGCCGCCAUGUACGGCAUCGCGCUGGCGGCGCUGGGCAUGCUCAGCACCAUCGCCACGGGGCUCAGCAUCGACGCCUACGGCCCCAUCAGCGACAACGCCGGCGGCAUCGCCGAGAUGUCCGGCAUGCCUCACGUGGUCCGCGAGCGCACGGAUGCGCUCGACGCCGCCGGCAACACCACCGCCGCCAUCGGCAAAGGGUUCGCGAUCGGGUCGGCAGCGCUGGUGUCGCUGGCGCUGUUCGGCGCCUACGUGAGCCGCGCCGGGGUCGCGGCGGUGGACGUGCUGAGCCCUCGGGUGUUCGCGGGGCUGCUGGUGGGGGCCAUGCUGCCCUACUGGUUCUCGGCGAUGACCAUGCGGAGCGUGGGGAGCGCGGCGCUGGCGAUGGUGGAGGAGGUGCGGCGGCAGUUCGACAGCAUCCCGGGGCUCAUGGAGGGCACGGCGAAGCCGGACUACGCCACCUGCGUCAAGAUCUCCACCGACGCGUCGCUCAAGAAGAUGCUGGCGCCCGGCGCGCUCGUCAUGCUCAGCCCGCUGGUCGCCGGCACGCUGUUCGGCACCGAGACGCUGGCCGGGCUCCUCGCCGGCGCGCUGGUGUCGGGGGUCCAGGUGGCGAUCUCGGCGUCCAACAGCGGCGGCGCGUGGGACAACGCCAAGAAGUACAUCGAGGCCGGCGCGUCGGCGGAGGCGCGGGCGCUGGGGCCCAAGGGGUCGGACGCGCACAAGGCGGCGGUCAUCGGCGACACCAUCGGCGACCCGCUCAAGGACACCUCCGGCCCGUCGCUCAACAUCCUCAUAAAGCUCAUGGCCGUCGAGGCGCUCGUCUUCGCGCCAUUCUUCGCCGCGCACGGCGGCCUCAUCUUCAAGCACCUCUGAGUUUGAAUUCCGGGUUCGCGCGUCUUGCUGCCUGCCUGGACCUGGAUGGCCAAGCAGAAGACUAUCGUUGCCAAUAAUAACCUCUAGACUGGGAGAAUUGUAUGAGGUGAUGAAUGGUUAAUGUUUACUUUAGUUUCGGACUUAA